CUGCCCGAUCUGCCCGAAACACAUCCCUUAUAAGUUAUAUAUAUCACCACCAACCGCUCAUCUUCUCCAACUCGCAAAAUGGCCAAACUCGUCUUCUUCCUCGUCGCUCUCCUCUUCCUCUUCUCCUUCUCCCACGCCCGCACGCCGUCCGAUCUACCCGAGAAGGAAACCAACGGCCGCGAUCUUGCCAGUACCAAGUUACCCGAAUCCGAACCCAAGCCCGCCACCACCAUAUUCUUACCCAGCGAGAAACGCGACUCCGAACCCGCCGAGGUCUUCGAAUGGAUACCGGAGGCCGCCGAUACGAAGCUUCCGGAUUCUGAUGGCCCCACCAUCUUGGCCAACGAAGAGUCGACUGAGUUCACACACAGCGAGUCUGUUCCGUUGACCAUCAUCAGCUUCCGCCCCGUCAACCGCCAUUUCCCCAGGCGCCCCUUCCCGUUAUCGUUCCGUCACGGACACCGUUGCCGCCAUGGCCGCCGCCAUGUCGGGCCGUGGAGCCCACGCUUCCACGGAGGAGAACGCGACCGCGACGUCGUUCCGUACGGUGAUGACAUGAUCCUCGGUGACGACUUGGCGUCCGAUUCGGUGUUACGCGGCGGACCGCGCCAGAUCCCUCCUAGGUGGGGCAGUUUCCGCCACGGUGGGCCCAGGUACCCGUUCAGGCACGACGACGACAUGGAAUUGGAGAGGCCGCAUCACCAUCAUCACCACCGCCACGACCACGACCACGACGGCGAAGAAUUUGAAGGAAUGGAGAAGCCGAGAGAGCACAGGCAUGAACACGAACGAGAGCACGAGGGUGGUUUGAUGAGGAGUUUCCGCAAGUUCUUGAACCGCUUUUGAGUUUUGAAGCGACUAUCUUAAUCUUAUCUGUUUCUGGUUUUACUUUCCAGCUUGUAAUCGUAUGAGACUCUGUUUCUGUAAAUAACCAUGCAUCCAUGGGAGAUGUAGCAUCUUAUCUUAUUUGUAUUAUGCAUCUACGUAUCUAUGUAAGUUUGUACUACUAUGACUAGAUAUAUUUUAUUUAUAAAAGAAUGGUUUGC